UAUAUUGGGAAUAAUUGCUUUUUUGGGGGGAUUAGUUGUUGGAAAUGGUUGGGUCGCAGAAAAGACCUUUCAAAUCAUCAAUAUCGGAAUUGAAGCUACGUCGGAUGACAGAACUAAAUAGCCGGCUAAAAGAGGAUUUGGAGCGUCCAAGGAUUUUAGUUAGUGAGGCUUGCCAAUCACUUAUUCUUUUUGCUACUACUACUAAGGAUCCUAUGUUGCCUUCUGCUUGGCCUCAAAAUGACCGGUUUCCUGGAGCUUUCUCUACUAAAACUUCCCCUUCUUGCUGUAUUUUAAUGUAA